AAAUUUGCGUAACUUCGAUCAGCAAGACUAUAUAAAUAGAACUCUGCACUUUAGUUGAACUAGAUUAUUUUCAUCUUUGAUAAAGUAACAAAAUAAUUAAACUUAUAAUCAAAAAUGAAAACUGUAUUUGUUGCAAUUUUCAUGGUCAUGGUCGUGGCCUCUGUAGCUGAGCUUAUAAAAUUUGGUCGUGGAGAUUGUGGUGAAAAUGAAGUAGAAGAUUGCGAACCCUGUUGUCCCCAAGAAGAAGUUACAUGUCAAAACAAAGUAGCUCAAUCGUGUGGCCACCCUUGUCCAUUAAGUUGUGUCCAUAAAUGCGUUUGUGCUAAGGGAUACUUUAGAAAUACUAAAAGUGGAAAAUGUGUUACUGACUGUUGAUACUACGAAUAAAAUAUUUGCUAUUAGAAAUAAUUUGUAAUACAUACAGUCGGAAAAAUGAAAGAAUACCCAUGAACGAUCACAUGAAUCACUUAUUUUGUAUUUGCUCUCUUUUUCUAUAAAUAACAAACGUUUGUUAUAGAAAAAUAUAGAAACUACAAAAUAAGUGAUUGAUGUGAUCGUUCAUGGGUAUUCUUUCAUUUUUCCGACUGCACAUAGUCAUUAAAAACUAUAGAAUAUUUCUGUAUUUCUUUAAAUAAUUCCCUUUAAAUGAGGCUGAAAAUAAAGAUACUUUUAUUUUU